GCAUCCAAACACACAUGGUGAGAAUGUGUCCACAAAAUAAAAUUCUCCAAAACUCCAACCAAUGCCCCCCCAUGUUUUUGGAUAGUUUUAAGGCCACAUGAAUGAGGUGUUUGUAGGUGAUCAUCAGAUCUUGGAGGAAUUGAAACAAGGUUGAAGAAGAUGGCAAGGAAAUGCUCUCAUUGUGGCAACAAUGGCCACAAUUCAAGGACUUGUAGUAGCAGUAGUAAUAAUGGUAGUUCAAUUGGGUUGAAGCUUUUUGGGGUGCAACUUCUUCAAAUGGCUUCUUCGUCUUCUUAUUCUUCUUCUCCUUCUACUUCUUCUUCUUCUUCUUCAUCAGCUUUGCAUAUGAAGAAAAGCUUUAGCAUGGAUUGCUUGGGACCAUCAUCUUCUUGUUAUCAUGUUUGUUCUAGUUCAUCACCUUCAUCUUCUUCAUCAUCUUCUCUUGUUUCCAUUGAAGAAGCCACUGAUCAUCAUUGUAAGGUUUCUAAUGGUUAUCUCUCUGAUGGUCUUUUGGGAAGAGGAGCUCAAGAGAGAAAGAAAGGUGUUCCAUGGACUGAAGAAGAACACAGAACCUUUCUGGCAGGUCUUGAGAAACUAGGCAAAGGAGACUGGCGUGGCAUCUCACGCAACUUCGUCACAACAAGAACUCCAACCCAAGUUGCAAGCCAUGCCCAAAAGUAUUUUCUCAGACAAACCAAUCCCAACAAGAAGAAACGCCGCUCUAGCCUCUUUGAUGUGGUUAAAAGUUCAGACAAGUUCACAACUCCAAAGCUCAUACAAGAUUCAUUCACUCUUUCUCUUGCUCCAUCAUCAAUAAUGAGUUCUUCAAGUACUCUUGAUCAUCAUCAUCAUCAACAACAACAACAACAACAACAACCACCACCACAACAACCACCACCACAGCUUGAUCUAGAGCUUAGCAUCUCCUCCCCUGGCAUUGGCACUGUUAGAGUUACCUAAAGUACGUAGUAGAUCUGAAGAAUCAAUUAAGGAAAUGUAUAACUACUUAUAAUUAAUAUAUAUUUCAAUGUAUUUUCUUAUGUUUUAAUUAGUAUGAUCAUUAUAAGUAACAAUAACAACAAGAGAGAGUUUGUUGUUUUGUGA